AUGGCUUUUGGAGAUUCAAGAGGCGGUUCUAGAGGUGGUGCCCGUGGCGGCAGAGGCGGAUCCCGUGGUGGAUUCGGUGGUGGCGCUCGUGGUGGAAGAGGUGGUGCCAGAGGUGGUUUUGGUGGUGGCCGUGGUGGAGCCAGAGGCGGCUUCGGUGGAGGUCGCGGUGCUCCCAGAGGCGGUGCUCGUGGCGGUGCUAGAGGUGGCAGAGGUGGCGCCAGAGGCGGUGCCAGAGGUGGUGCCAAAGUCGUCAUUGAGCCCCACAGACAUGCUGGUGUUUUCAUUGCCAGAGGUAAGGAGGAUUUGUUGGUGACCAGAAACAUUGCUCCAGGUGAGUCUGUGUACGGAGAGAAGAGAAUCUCCGUCGACGAGCCCGCCAAGGAGGAGGGUGCGCCAGCCACCAAGACCGAGUACCGUGUCUGGAACCCUUUCAGAUCCAAGUUGGCCGCCGGUAUCAUGGGUGGUAUCGAUGAGUUGGGCAUUGCCCCAGGUAAGAAGGUGUUGUACUUGGGUGCUGCCUCCGGUACUUCUGUUUCGCACGUCUCCGAUGUCGUUGGCCCAGAGGGUAUGGUCUACGCCGUUGAGUUCUCUCACAGACCAGGCAGAGAGUUGAUCAGCAUGGCUAAGAAGAGACCUAACGUCAUCCCCAUCAUCGACGAUGCCCGUCACCCUCAAAAGUACCGUAUGUUGAUUGGUAUGGUGGACGCCGUCUUUGCCGAUGUGGCCCAGCCCGACCAGGCACGUAUCAUUGCUUUGAACUCCCACUUGUUCUUGAAGGACCAAGGAUGUGUCGUCAUCUCCAUCAAGGCCAACUGUAUCGACUCCACCGUCGACGCCGAGACUGUUUUUGCCAGAGAGGUGCAGAAGUUGAGAGAAGAGAGAAUCAAGCCUUUGGAGCAAUUGACCUUGGAGCCUUAUGAGAGAGACCACUGUGUCGUUGUCGGCCGUUACAUCAGAAGCGGUUUGAAGAAGUAA